AUGAAGAGAAUGCUCAAGAUUGUAGCAUCCUUCUCGGAGACGGUAAGGAUGGAUAUGGGGCUGAGUAAGUGUGCGGUGAUGCAUGUACGGAGAGGAAAACUGGUGGAGGGGGAUGAAAUGCAGGUGCAGGAUAGCAUAUCUAUCAGAAGAAUGGGAUUGGACGAAACAUAUAAGUACCUGGGAGUUCAACAGGGGCUGGAAAUAAAUCUUUUCGAAUCUAAGGCAACAUUUAAGGGAAAGUUCUUUGGGAGGCUCAAAAAGGUCCUGGCAAGCAAACUGAACUCAAGAUCUAUGUUCACUGCCAUUAACACCUGGGCUGUUCCGUGCAUAGCUUACUCAUUUGGAGUUGUAAGAUGGUCGACCACGGAGCUCCAGUCAAUGGAUACAAGGGUGAGGGUUCUCCUGACAAAAUAUGGGAUUCAUCACCCACAUGCCUCGGUAAGUAGACUAUAUGUACCCAGGAAGGAGGGAGGUAGAGGGCUACAGAGUCUGGAAAUCAUCCAUAAUAAAGUCGUGAAGGAUCUGAGAGAGUACUUUCAGACAAAAAACUCACCAUUGUUCAAGAUUAUAUGUCAGGAAGACGAGAACAUAACAGCGCUCAAUCUAGCAGACCGAAGAACUCUCACCGAGGCAACGACCAUCGGAACGCUGACGGAACGGUGGCAUGGAAUGACGCUACAUGGCAGGUACCCAGAAGCCCUGAAAAAUAAUAAUGUCAACAAGGAACAGUCACUUAAAUAUAUAACAGCGGGUUACUUGUAUCCUGAGACUGAGGGAAGACUGGUGGCAAUCCAAGAUCAGGUGGUUCCGACUAGAGCAUAUAUUAAGAACAUAACAAAAAGAUACUUACCAUCAGACAGGUGCCGAAAAUGCUCUCGGGGUCUGGAAACAAUACAGCAUGUCACGUCGUCUUGCUCCAUCUUGGCACCUAUAGAGUAUACAGACCGCCAUAACGCAAUGGCUAAGGUUUACCACCAAGCGAUAGCUAUAAGAACUGGAUUGAUACUCACCUCAAGGAAGCCGUACGAAUAUAUGCCAAAAGCUGUCAUGGAAAAUGAGGAAUACAGGCUCUAUUGGGACACCCUGAUGGAGACGGAUAGGCCGGUUGCACACAACAGACCGGAUAUUGUUAUCUUCGACAAAGUUAAAAAGGAGGCAAAUAUUAUCGACGUCACUGUGCCUGCAGAUGAUAACAUCUCUAGAGCAUACACCGAAAAACUCACAAAAUACGAAGAUCUCGCUUUCGAGCUGAAAGAGAUUUAUAAUCUCAGAAAGGUGUAUAUUACCCCGCUCAUAAUCACGACGAUCGGCCUGGUGGAGACACAUUUGGGAGAGAACACAGCUCUAUUGGGAUUGGAUCAGGACAUCAUAAGCACGUCACAGAAGGAGGUAGUCCUGUGGACGACAAGAAUAGUCCGGAAAUUUCUUGUCAAUGACUGA